AUGGAGACUUUACGAGACACGGCAUUCGGCAAAUUAGUACGACUUUGCACACGUUACCAAUGUAUGCAAUACCCUGAAAAGCAGGAUGCAUCGGUGUGGACAGGGUACCUGAAAACCGAGAAUACGGAGUCGAAAUUGGAGCCUUCUACGACACUGAACGAGAGCGAGAACCCCGAGGAUCUGGAGGCGUUCGGUCUCUAUACAGUCAGGUCGCAAAUAUCGACUCGGUCACGGCGGAUGUCCUGUGCAUCGACUGUACAAGAUGACAAUCAGAAUCGAUCAAAUGACCAAGCUCUUGUGAUUAGCUGGCGAGGUCCCGAUGACUCGGAGAACCCGCAGAACUGGAGCAUUACUAAGAAGGCCCUUGUCAGUGGUUUGAUCUGGUUACUUACAUUUGCCAUCUAUGUUGGCUCUUCGAUUUACACUCCCGGCAUUCCAGGUGUCACUCAGCAGUUCGGUGUGAGCAGUGUCGCGGCUGUAUCGGGUCUGACCCUUUUUGUGCUUGGAUAUGAACUCGAUCAGACGGCUAACGUCCUUCAGGACCAAUGGUCUGGUCUCCUCUUCCGAGAUUCCCAUGAUUGGGCGAAGUCCAACAUACGUCUUGACGCUAGUCGUAUUCGUCUUCUUCCAAUUUUGGGCGUCAUAUAUGCCCAGAACUUCGGCAUGCUGCUAGCCUUCCGCUUUUUGACGGGCUUUGUCGGAUCCCUCAUGCUAGCUAUUAGUGCUGCGUCAAUGGGUGACAUUUGGAGUCCCAAGGUGCGGGACUAUAUGAUCGGUAUCUGGGGCAUGUUCGCCAUUUCAGCACCCGUCCUGGGCCCGAUGCUCGGUGGGUUUGCAGCAUCCGCCAAAGGCUGGACAUGGACAAUCUGGCAGCUUCUUUGGGUCUCGGAAUUCACACUCGUUCUAUUGUUCCUCUUCCUCCCGGAGACCUUUACACCGAAUAUCCUCGCCCGUCGAGCUCGUCGGGUACGUCGCAUUACAGGCAACUCCCGUUACAUGUCUGAGUCCGAAAUCGAGAUCAGAGAGAUCAAACCAAUGGACGUUCUCUUCGAAGCCCUCGUCCGCCCCUUCCAACUCUGCUUCCUCGAACCCAUCGUCUUCCUCCUGAAUUCUCUAUAUCUCCCUUAUCUAUGGCAUCCUUUAUGUUUGGUUCGAAGCCUUCCCAAUUGUUUUCGAGGAAAUUCAGGCUUCAACCCCGGCGAAAGCGGCCUCGCCUUCAUGGGCUUUCUGGUCUCAACGUGCUGCAUCACUAUCCCAGGCUACUUCUACUGGAAAUACUACUACCAGUCCCGUCAUUUCGAUAAAGACGGAAACAUAGCGCCCGAAUAUCAGAUGUCGCCUGCUUGUGUCGGCGCCUUUGCACUCCCCAUCUCUCUCUUCCGGUUCGGAUGGACGGGGAAUUUUGAGAGCGUGCAUUGGAUCGUGCCAAUCAUCGCGUCGAUUUUAUUCGCUUUUGGGGGGGUGUUUGAUCUUCAGUUGUAUUUUCUGUUAUCUUGCGCAUGCAUAUCCGAGAUAUGCGGCUUCGGUGUUGGCUGGGAAUGA